AUGGCUGGGCUGAUCGCUAUGAGUGACUGUGAUGGCUUCACUGAUGGUGAUAGCUUCACUGACGGUGAUAGCUUCACUGACGGUGAUGGCUCCACUGAUGAUGGCUCCAUUGAUGGUGAUGGUUCCAUUGAUGGAGUUAUCACUGGUGUUGACUUUGGUGGUGAUGGCUCCACUGAUGUUGAUGGCUUCACUGAUAGUGAUGGCUCCACUGAUGGUGAUGACUCCCCUGAUGGAGAUAUCACUGAUGUUGACUCCCCUGAUGGAGAUAUUACUGGUGUUGACUUUGGUGGUGGUGUUCUUGUUGGUGGUGCCACAGCUACUUUCUCACAAGGGCCGCCGUUUCUGCCGCAAACUUCGUCCGACAUACAGCAAGAACCGUCUUCACAAAGUACAUCACUGGCGUCACAGGGACGAUAA